AUGUCAUUAGUCAUGGAAAUUAUGAACAAACUUCAUUCUUUAGCCAAGGGGAUAGCGAAAAAAUCAACCAAGUUAGGUGACAAUGAGUGUGAUGAAAUCAAAUCUAUUAUUGGGGAUGACAAUUCUUUAGAUUUAAUUGAAACAACCGAUGAUAGAUUAGUUAAAGCAAUUUUGAUUGAUUAUAGUAUCAGACAUAAAUGUACCAAUUACGACAAAUUAUGGAAAUAUUGUGCCGAUGCGAUAUUGUUGCCAACUGAUAUGCGCAACGAGUGGAAAGUGAGGCCGGAUAACAAGUGGGACGUUCAAAAUGAUGAAAAUGCCUAUAUUCUAAGUGUAAUAGAUGAAUUGAGUGUAAAUAACAUACCAGAACCAGGCAAGAUACGAACACAAAUACUAGACAAAUUAUCUGCGUAUUAUUGUACUGGUUGUCCAUGGACAUCGACAAGAAGUAUCAAAUUGAGCCAGAAUAUUAUAGAUAAAAUGUACAUCACAGAAGGAGACAUGAAAGAGAUUAUUCAUACGUACGAGAAACCCGUUAAUGAGUUCUCUGCAAAAAACUUUAAUGAUAAGCUAACAGCUGAAGGUCGGAAAAGAUUCUGGAAGAAUAAUCUUACGGACAUAGUAUCUAGCCCAUUAGUGGGUAAUACGUACACAGACGAUUUAGAAUCGCACAAGAAGUUUGUCGAUGACAACAUUUACAGGAUAAAUGGACUAAAAUUUGUUGUCGAUAACAUAUCAGCUCAUAUGAUAGAAGAAUAUUGGGGUAUUAUAUUUACUUUAACCAACUGCUUUCUCGAUGAUACAGAUACACUCAUAAAAAUUGAGGCAUGCAAAGUCAUUCAACGGAUUUGCAGAAAGCUUGCAAAGGGUUCCAAUGUGAUAGUACGGGGCCAAGUAGAACCCAUCAUCUUCGAUGGUGUGGUUCCGGUAAUUUUAUCACUUCCCUCGAUGACUCCUCCAGAUAUUUCCAAAUACGCCAUACAGGAAGGCUAUAAAACGAUAUUUUCUUUGUGGGAUGUGUCUUUGAAAGACAAAAAAGAGCUGAAUUUGAAAUUGUCGAUGCUUCUGAACGAUUUCAUAUGUCCAUCACUUAUUAAAGUCUCGGAUACACCCGGACUGGUAUCCAUUCUUACCAAUGUAAUCAACGAGCAGCUUCUCCCAUUGGCUGGCAGCUACCGAUUAGUUUUAAGGAAACAAUUACUUUAUACAAUUUUGGAUGCUUUAUCAAAUCCGUCAUUGAAAAACUCGGAUGACGAUUUACGAGGAUGUCUUGAGGUGAUUAGGCGCUUGGAUCCGCGAAAAUUAAAAAAGUUUAGAUUUGAUAUUCUUGCGUGUCUGCUUAGAUUACGCAAAGUGCAGAAACCCCCGAUAUCCUAUCAAAGGGGGCGGGGAAGCAACAUUAACGAUAAGAUAGAACUACUCUGUCUGGAACUUGGUUUCAAAUUGAACAGCGAACAAAAUGCACAGGAUAUCACUGUGACGGACACUUAG